AUGACGAACGAAGCCGAGACUAACAAUACAACCCAUGAAUUCGAUAUCUCGAAGUUUUGGGUGUUCCGAUCCAUUAACAUUCUCUUCUUUAUAUCCAUUUUAACUAUUUUCACCAUCCUUCUAAUCCCUAUUAGAUACCUUAACAAGGAAAGACCCCCGUCUAUUGUUACACUUGACCUUAACAUCACAGGAUAUUCACAUGCUAUCAAGGUUACAGCUAUAAAACAGAAAGGACCCAUUCUAUCGGUUACAUAUAAUACUCACAAUUCUGAUCACAUAAUAGGAACUUUAAAAUUUGGUAAUGUAACAUUGGGCCGAGAUCCUCAAUACCUAGGAAGAUAUGUUAGCGCCCAUUACAUUGAUAACCGAAAACGUUUACCAUUUCGUGUACUCGUUUUAGACGUUUACCCCUCCGUCUUCGUUUUUAGGCGCUUCUUGCUACAAGAGAACAAAGAAUCCACAUAUAAACAAGUCGACGGAUACGUUUAUGUAAUUAAUGGAUCAGAACAACAGAGGUUGGAUCUAAACUUGAGUGAUUUAAUCAGUUCUACUCCAAUUUCAGUGUUCACGUCUAACUACGAGGAUAUAGACGGAAGGCAUGUAACGCAGUAUGUUCCAGACAGUUCGCAUAGAUUUGCGACUCUCAAAUAUAAUAUCAAUGGUCGAAUGAGAAUAAUGCCGGAAUACCCAACUACUCACCAAAUCACCACAGUAACAGUGGUAUCAAACAAGUCACUGGAAGCAUACAAGGUUAUAAUUACAUAUUUCUCACAUUUGUCAAUAAACAAUAGCCCAAAAUUCAAAGAGUUGUAUUUUUCUGCCCAUGAACCAACGGUGUAUUUUGAUAAUGUGUUUGAUUUAUCGACCAGAGCAGAUUUAAGACUUACUGACUUAGAUUUUGAGGUAAAUCGGUAUGAAAACGUCAAAAAAACACCCGUGGAAUACUUCCAUUCAAUUAACAAGAACGAUUACCUCCUACAAUUUUACCUCAACCACGAUUUUAUCAAAUAUGAAAUUGUAACUUCCGACUUAACUGACCUGAUUCUCACUGUUCAGAAUGAAUCCGACGACACACCUUAUGAGGAGUUACUGGACAGAACUCUAGUAGUCCAGUACAAACCAAGAUUCACUGCUCCACCAACGUUUUACCAGUUCAACCGUUACCUCUAUCACACAAACUUUGUAGUUUUUAAAGAGGAUUGA